AUGGGAAGGGAGGUUUUGAAGCUCUGGCUCUCCCCCACCAUGUGCAUACCAGCGACUACAAAACAACCAGACACUGAGCUGCAACCCUGAACACAACGCAGCUUCAGAAGCAUCUCAUCAGACACCUCAACUGGAUUAGAAACACCUCUAGAGAUGUGUAGGAUCAUUUUUUUUCUUACUUUUCUGCCACAGUAAAAAAAGGGGGGUCUGUUGGAAAAAAGGGGGUGGUGCAUCUGAGGGAGAGAUCCUAUUACAGAGAUCCAGACUUUUUUCAUGGCAAGUUUUUUGGAAGUGGGGGGAGGGCGAAUUCACAACUUUCUCGGCCUGAUUUCCUUUUCAAUCUCAACCGAAACGCUUCAAAACAACUUUUAGGAUAAUAUUGUAAGUUGAUGGUGCGUUUUUCCAAGAGUAGGAAGCGUUUUGGAGCUGUUGGAUUUUGGAUAAUGAAGGAAUACUGGGAAACCCAGCAAGGACCGGGCGAGAAGUGCAGAAUAAAUAAGUUUGGGAGGACUGCGAGAAAACUUUGAAGAAGUUUUCCAUCACCAUGAUGAUUUUGGAAACCUACUUCAAAUUUCACGAAGAACGCGUGAUCUUCGACUUUAUAGGGAAGGAACACUGAAGUCUUCAAACUCAAGGAAUUCCAUCUUUGCUCCGUUAAAUCUCUCUCCCAAGAUGUCUUCCCAGGCUCGGAGGAACCCCAUUGUUGGAUUUUACGGGAUGCUUUGCGUCUGGUCUGCCUGGCUCUCUGGCUCCGGGGCAGUUUUGUCUCCAAACGGAACAAUAUUUGAGGAUAAGUGCAAAAAAACUACAACUUGUGAGGCACUUAAAUACAACACAUGUCUAGGGUCGCCUUUACCUUAUACACAUACAUCUCUGAUCCUGGCGGAUGACUCCAGCACCCAAGAAGAGGCUUUUGAGAAGCUGACCAUGUGGUCUGGUUUGCGUAAUGCCCCUCGCUGUUGGUCAGUCAUCCAGCCUUUGCUCUGUGCCGUCUACAUGCCCAAAUGUGAGAAUGGCCGUGUGGAGCUGCCCAGUCAGAGUCUGUGUUCGGCUACACGUCGACCCUGCAGCAUCGUGGACCAGGAGAGAGGCUGGCCCAGCUUCCUCAAAUGUGACCACUUCCCUGUGGGCUGCUCGAAUGAGGUGCAGAAGCUGAAGUUCAACACAUCAGGACAGUGUGAAGCCCCUCUGGUGAAAACCGACAUUCAGUCCAGCUGGUACAAAGACGUGGAGGGCUGCGGCAUCCAGUGUGACAACCCUCUGUUCACUGAGGAGGAGCACAACGACAUGCAUGCCUACAUCGCUUACUUUGGCACCAUCACCCUCCUCUGCACCUUCUUCACACUGGCCACGUUUCUUGCAGACUGGAAGAACUCCAACCGGUAUCCAGCUGUCAUCCUCUUCUACAUCAACGCCUGUUUCUUUGUGGGCAGUAUCGGCUGGCUGGCUCAGUUCCUAGAUGGAGCACGUGAAGAGAUUGUGUGCAAGAGCGACAACACCAUGCGACUUGGGGAGCCCUCAUCUUCAGAGACGCUUUCCUGCGUCACCAUCUUCAUCAUCGUGUACUACUCCCUGAUGUCGGGUGUGAUCUGGUUUGUCAUGCUGACCUACGCCUGGCACACAUCCUUCAAAGCCCUCGGCACCACCCACCAGCCACUGUCUGGCAGAACCUCCUACUUCCACAUGGUCACCUGGUCCAUCCCCUUCAUCCUCACUGUGGCCAUCCUGGCUAUUGCUGAGGUGGAUGGAGACUCUGUGAGUGGGAUCUGUUUUGUGGGCUACAAAAACUACAGAUACCGUGCAGGAUUCGUGCUGGCUCCCAUUGGAGUGGUGCUUGUUGUUGGAGGUUACUACCUCAUUCGAGGUGUCAUGACUUUGUUUUCCAUAAAGAGCAACCAUCCAGGACUACUGAGUGAGAAAGCAGCCAGCAAAAUCAACGAGACCAUGUUGAGACUGGGUAUAUUUGGCUUCCUCGCUUUCGGCUUCGUUCUCAUCACUUUCGGCUGCCACUUCUAUGACUUCUUCAGCCAGGCUGAGUGGGAGAGGAGCUUCAGAGAAUACGUGCUAUGUGAGGCCAACGUGACAAUCGCCUCCCAGACCAACAAGCCAAUCCCAGAGUGCAUGAUCAAGAACAGGCCCAGUCUGAUGGUGGAGAAAAUCAACCUGUUCUCAAUGUUUGGGACAGGCAUCGCUAUGAGUACCUGGGUCUGGACUAAAGCCACCAUCCUCAUCUGGAAACGGACCUGGUGCAGGAUCAUUGGCCGCAGUGACAAUGAACCCAAGAGGAUCAAAAAGAGCAAGAUGAUAGCAAAAGCCUUUGCAAUGAGGAAAGAGCUUCACAAGGACCCAGAGAAGGAGCUGUCUUUCAGCAUGCACACUGUGUCCCAUGACGGACCAGUGGCUGGAAUCAAUUUUGAACUGAAUGAACCAUCGAAUGACAUGUCGUCAGCCUGGGCGCAGCAUGUGACCAAGAUGGUGGCCCGGCGAGGUGCUAUCCUGCCUCAGGACAUCUCUGUGACUCCUACUGGUACUCCAGUGCCCCCUCCAGAGGAGAGGAACCAGCUGUGGAUGGUUGAAGCUGAGAUUUCACCUGAGAUGAUAAAGAGGAAAAAGAAGAAGAAGAAGAGGAGGAAGGAGGUGCGCCCGGCAGAGGAGAUAGUGGACCACCAGGCUUAUCAUCAGCGUGAGUUUGGUCGCAGCUCGGUGCCUCGUCUCCCUAAACUUCCAAACCAUCCGAGUCUGAUGGCCAACCUGCGGGAACAGCAGAAGCUGGAGCAGGAAGUCCUUCCAGGGUCCUUCCCAGAUUCCCAGCCCUCCUAUGAAGAGAGGGGUCCCUGUCCACAAUACCAGAGAAGCUGGAAUGAGUACGGUCGCAGCCAGCUCUCUAACCCUUUAACCUACGACGAUCGACCAGAGAAUCUGGGUCUAGGCCCACGCUGCGCCCCCGCAGCCUUCUCCUGGCAGCCCAGUGGAUCCUCUCGCCAUCCCAGGGAGAUGAAUCACAACCAGGGGCUGUCAGACAGGAUGGCACAUGCGGCUAGGGUACCUGCAAGCAGAAGGACCGGCUAUGGCCCUGUUCACUCCCGGACCAACUUAAUGGAGGCGGAGCUUAUGGAUGCUGAUUCUGACUUCUAGGUGCCAUUAUUUUGCUUCAUGGUACACAGACAGUAAGCUACAAGAAGUGCUGGAAACUUUCAAAAACUCUUACUUGAGUGCACCAAAUCCCAAACGCCCUGAGGCUAAGAUGGAUCUAAGCUGAUCUUUAUUUUUAUUCUCUCUUAGAAACAGAAAAGGGCAAAGGGACAAAAAAAUAUGUUGUGAAUAAGUUAAGGAAAAAUAUUUUUAUACUUUAUUUGUGUCCAAUGAAAUUUCAAAGGCAACUCCGAGAUGGCAAGAAUAAUGAGGCAGCUAAACUUUAUAUGUCUUGAAACAAAAGUAUCUUUAUUCUGAAACCCCCAUGCAUUCAUCAAAGUGUCAAGGAUCACUCGCUAAGUGACACCGCAGUCUUGUUGAUAAAACUCUCUACAGUUGGCUUUAGCCUUGACUGACAGCUUGAGUUAAAAGUAUUGGACCUGCUAAAGACAGCACAAUGUGACCUGUACAGUAGAGCAAACAGGAAGAAGAAAACUCGAACUACUUGUAAAGAUUGUUAAAUCCAUGUCUCUUUUUGUGUUAUUCCUAAAUGUUAAAGACUCCAUUUUACUCUUUCUUUCACACAUUUAGUCAAUCUUUUUAUUCCAGUUUACUUGAGGGACUUGACACUUUCUCCCAACCUAUUCCUUCUUAGAUCACAGAAAAUGUAACAAAGUGGUGGGUGUUGAAGUGUACAUGUGUGGCCUUGAAUGGCCACAACAGAUCCUUUAUUCAAUUUUGGACUUUCCAAGGGGAGUUAUCAACUGGCACAAACCAAACUAGCUCUGCAUGUGUCAACCAUUAAAGGCAAGAUGACAUUGAGGUAAGGUGCUAGGUCCCUAACUCCAACAACAUAGUAUUACCUAUUCACAUGGCUUCCUGUAAACAUACAGACAUUUGAAAUGGCAUCAUGCAGUAGCCAACUUUGAUUUGCAUGUAACGUGCUACCGUAACAUUUUUAAGUUUAAUAGUGCAACGAAGAAGAUCUGGACUGGAGGACUGAAAAAAAAACACUGCUUGUGAUUGGCCUAAAUACAACCAGGUCAGAUCAGCCUCUCAGUAUUAACUUCAGAAAUGAAACCAUUCAUUCAGUGAACUACUAAUCUUUCAUCACUCUAUUUGAUAGUUUUAUAAAAGUGACAUGAUUUUGUUAGGGUACAUCUUGAUGACAGGCUAACAGGAACUAUUUGAUGCUCUCUAAGCUUAAUCCGUUUUACUGUAAGGGUACUCCGUUGCAUCUGACACACCCAGCAGUGAUGUCACCAGGUCCUAAAAGUACAUCUGUGAAUGACUGAGGCAGGAUUAAAAGCUUCACUAUUGUAGACCAGCAGCAAUAAUACUUUUCUGGGGCAUUUUGGUUACUCAUAUAUUGUUCUUUACACAAAAGUUGUGUCUUAAAACACAAUGUAUUUGUGUACCUUCUGUUGCCUGGUGCAAUGGAGCAACAAUUUGCCCUCUAUUGUCCUGACAGGAAUACUAACAAAGAACAAAAUGGCCAUCUUCGUUUAUUAAGGAGUUCUUCUGUAUGUCCAAACAGUUUCUUAUUGUACAAUUACUUUUUUUAAAGUGUUAUUUUUUUACAGCAGUAUUUCUACUUUUGUUUAUCUGAUGUAAAUAUUCACUCUUAACCUUCAUAUGUGCUCACCCAUUGUAAAUCUUUUGUAUGAUGUACUUUAGACAGCAGUGAACAUAGGUAUUACAUUUGACCUUACUUUUGUCCCUAGAUAUCUGUUCUUCUGGCUUCUUUUUAUGUGUGUACUGUAUAUAUGUUGUUCAUAGAUCCCCCUCUAGGGGUAUUAUUUGUACAGAUUUAUAUAUCAACCACUCCAUUUCUCUGCUGAUAAAAAAAAUAUAUAUGAAAAGGGAAGAGUCAUCAGUCAUAAAAAGUAGUCACUGUUCUUGUGCUGUAACCAAAAUUUCACAUCGUAUUGUUAUAUUACACUCACUAUGGAUAAGCAAUGCUAUAGACUGUGAUAGACACAUUCUUGGCCAAUGAAAAUUAGUUUGUGCCCAGAUGUCUGUAACAGAGAUUUAUAUGGUUAGCACAGCUCUACACAUUCAGCAAUAUAAUCGUUGAUAUCCACUCACAUAGUUUAUUUUAAAAGAAAUGUAAAUAGAAUUUAUGACGGAAGUUAUUUUUUACCCUUAUGCCUAAAUGGAUAAAUUCUGUUUUUGUUUAAAGAUACAGUCCAUCAGCCCUUGUUUUUUUUUUUGUUUUUUUUUUAGUUAAGUAUUGCAACCUGACUGUGUUUUUAAAAAGUUUACUGUUACCUUGACUGUGCAGCUGUACUUUUGUGUUUCUAUGUCAAUAAAAGUAAUAACCCUA